UGUCGAAUCUUCCACGAUGGCUUACGGCUGAUUAGUUCUUAAUUACACCUCUAAUAGAUUCCAAACCCAUCAAUAUCAUCAGACAUGGGAAAAGAGAUCACAAGAAUUGUAUGAGAUAUUUUAAGUGCACGUUAUAGUUAUUUGAUUUGUACAAUAUAGGGAUGCUCUUCAUAUUGCUGGACUGGGUACAUUCUUGAAUAUCUAAACUGCCAUUGAUUGCAGAACCCAAGUCAGAAAAACAUUACUCUAGGUACUGCGUUUGAAUUUUGUUUGCAGUAAGAAUGGAUAAAACAGAGUUCUCUGUUUUGGCCAGAAAUGUGGCUACAGGAAGAUGGUUUGUGGUAUUUAUAUCUUUUCUGAUCAUGUCCGUUGCAGGAGGGACUUACAUAUUUGGUAUAUACUCACAAGCGAUUAAAACAGUCCUGGGCUAUGAUCAAGAGACUCUGACCACAUUGGGAUUUUUCAAAGAUCUGGGAGGGAAUGUUGGCAUUUUGUCUGGUCUGAUCAACGAGGUUACUCCACCAUGGGUAGUUUUGGGCAUAGGAGCCAUUAUGAACAUCACUGGUUAUUUAAUGAUCUGGUUAUCUGUGACCCAAAGGAUUGCCAAGCCCAAGACUUGGCAGAUGUAUUUAUACAUCUACAUAGGAUCCAAUUCUCAGACUUUUGCGAAUACAGGGUCUCUGGUUACCUGUGUCAAGAAUUUCCCUCAGAGCAGAGGAAGUGUGCUGGGAAUUCUUAAGGGAUUUGUAGGGCUCAGUGGAGCAAUCUUCACUCAAAUAUACCAUGCUAUCUAUGGCCAGAACAACACAGGAGUAAUUCUUCUGCUUGGUGUGUUGCCCUCUGCAGUAUCCCUGGCUGUCAUGUUAAUAGUGAGACCCACUAAAGUGAUUACAGAGAAGAAAGAGCUGAAGCGCUUCUACAACUUCCUUUACAUAGCCCUAGCCCUCGCAGGGUUUCUGAUGGUCAUGACUGUGGUUGAGAAUAGAGUGAAGAAGUUUCCACAAUCAGGCUACCAAAUUGUAGCUGUCUUUGCCAUUCUUUUCCUUAUGUUUAAUCUUCUUGUGGUUGUUGAUGCAGAGAUUGACAAAAUGAAGCUUGAAAAACUCUCUUCUCGGAGGGGACAAGGGUCUCAGAAGCCUCUGCAGAUUGAUAUUGUUGGAAGUAAAAACAAGGAGCAAAACCCUAGGGAGAUCAAGUUAACAGAUUCGCGCAGGGGAGCUCCUGCGAACCAACAGGAAGACAAGCCCGAAUCCAUAAGAUCCAGUCUGGCAAGAAUUUUCAAGGGCCCAACCAGAGGAGAGGACUUCACCAUUCCACAGGCCCUUGUGAGUGGGGACAUGAUAAUCUUAUUUAUAGCCACUACUUGUGGGGUUGGAACCACUCUCACUGCCAUUGAUAACAUGGGUCAGAUUGGGCAAUCUCUGGGAUACACUCCUGUGAAUAUCAGCACUUUUGUUUCUCUCAUCAGCAUCUGGAACUUUCUGGGCCGUGUGGUGUCAGGAUACUUGUCUGAGUUUCUCUUGCUUAAGUACAAAUUUCCCAGACCUUUGUUGUUUACCAUAAUAAUGCUUAUUGCUUGUAUUGGGCAUAUUUUUAUAGCAUUUGCUCUGCCUGGAUCACUAUAUGUAGCCUCAAUCAUUAUAGGCCUGUCUUUUGGAGCUCAAUGGCCUGUGGUUUUUGCUGUUAUCUCAGAGCUCUUUGGUCUAAAGUACUAUGCUACUCUUUACAAUUUUGGAGCUGCUGCAAGCCCACUGGGAUCCUAUCUUCUCUCAGUGAGAGUAGCUGGAAAACUAUAUGAUAAAGAAGCCAGAAAACAGUACUUUUCUGCAGAAUUGUUGCAGGGAGCUAAUGCACCUGCAACAGCUCAUAAUAAGCUGACCUGCAUGGGACAUGAGUGCUUUCGCCUUAGUUUCAUCAUAAUGACGUUGGUGUCAUUAUUUGGGGCUCUUGUUUCAGGCAUUCUUGUUUUCAGGACAAGGAAGUUCUACAGAAGUGACAUAUAUGCUCAGUACAGACUUGAAGCUGAAAAGUCCAAAGAAGAGGAUAACGAUGGUGAGGCUUCUGUUUCAAACCAUGGUAUGAAUUUUUAGUGGGCUAGUAACAGGGGAUGCAUGUUACAGUUAAUGCUCUUAAAAUUUUACUUUUCAAAGUGUAAUUAUGUUAUGAAUGUGUAGUAUAUUAACAUUGAUAUUUUUUAAGGAUAUCAGUUUUCUAUAAUCUAAAUGUUAAUUGUGGUCUUUUCUGGA